CCCACAGGCCCCAGCUACACCCUAUUCCCUGUGUAGUGUGCUACUUUUCCUGGUCUAAAGUAGCGCCCUACGUAUGGAGUAGGGUGCCUUUUUGGAUCACAGCCCCCUAUCUACUAGCACAUGUUACAAUAAGAAGCAGGAGGUGGACUAUGUUCUGUUAAAGAACACUUCAGUUAGGUAUGAUGUCAUGGUGAUGGGGACAGCUGUCUCUUCUCAUUCUGACUCCUUUACAGCAGAGCUAUAACCAGGGGUAAAUACAGAGCUGUUUCAGGUUUUUAUUAAUACCGGUCUAUUUGUCAAGCAAUAUGGUCGUAUUUAUCACUGGGGACAGGAGUUUUUUUUCUGGUCGGAUCAUGGUUGUUGGGGUAAACUCCUGGCUCUGUUUUUCUGAGGAGUUCCUAGGUGUUAAAGGGGAUGUAAAGGGAGAUAUUGGAUUCAUGAUGGUACAUGUUGUCCUGACCCCCAAACCUAUGUGCCUUUGAAAUGCACCCUAUUCCCUAUAUAGGACCUAUAGGCUCUGGUCAACAGUAGUACAUCACUAUAUAGGAAAUAGGGUGCCAUUUUUGGACAAUUCUAAUGUAAAGAUUCAAGAUGGAUUUAGGAUUUCUAGAUAAUGUCAGUGUUAUCUUGGCUUUAAAUCAAGUUUGCACUCCCAUUUUGACGAUGCGUUGAACGUGCUCCAAAUUCAGAUUAAAGUAAGGUAGUGUUAUGAACCUCGACACGAUAAGCACUUCAAGCAGGUUAAAUGGUUAUUAUGCAAAUAAUAAAUAUACUAGUCAGAGAAGCAUUUGAAUUGCUUUUUGAACGGCAUCUUAUUGUGAAAUGUGACCAAAAACCUGCUAUCUCCUUCCUCCUUCCUGCUCUCUCUCCUCUAAGUGCUGCUCACACCUCUCCCUAGGAUAAGCUCUAGAAGGAUUAGUCGGUGAUUUCAUAAAGCUCAGUGUUCCAGUGCCCAAAUGGAACUCCCAGUGAUUGGAACUUUGGGGAACAAUUGGAUCAGUUGGUUCUCUGUGUCUUCGCUGAUCUCUUUAUGACAUCAUCUCUGUCUGAUCCUUCUCAUCACAUCCUAGACACUGUGCCAGGGUGAAGUCUGCCCCCACCAAGCACAGAUAAGGGAUCAGUUCCCCCUUGCCCCCAAUGCUGAGAACAUAGGGCUGCAACCAGUGGUUCCAGAAGUGGAUUCUCAACCCUCAAAACCCGUAGUGGUAUCAAAUAUUAUCAAUAUUACUGUGCAACGUAGACGUUCUAUUUUCAACCGAGAUUGCGAAACAAUUUCUUAAGUUGAUGUAGUGUCCAUCGGUUAUGAAUGUUUAAACCUCUGAGAAAUCUCGUUUGUGCUCUGUUUGUUUCAAAGAGCACUAAAGCCUACACUAACCAUGGCGCCUCGCGGUCUGUAUAGUCCAAUCACAGAGCAGAUAGAAGUCACGUGAUCUGUUAGCGGCACAUGUGGCACCGAACAGAUGACGUGACUUGGAUCUGCUCUGUGAUUGGAAGAUACUACAGCUAUCGCGUACCAUCAUGUGUUCGCUAACAAACCACAUGACUUGUAUUCUGCUCUGUGAUUGGAUGAUAGAGACCGCAAUGCUGUAGGAGAUGAGUAGUUUGUUUGCCCCCCCUAACUCUGGUACACUUUUAUAAAAACAUUUGAAAGCCAUUUCUAAUCUUUUCAAUUAUUGGUUCAUCCUGGAGAUGUGUAGCUAUUCAUCAUUUGAAACCACAGUAAGCAGCAUGUAUUUUAAACAAGUGUUUAUACAAAGAAUUUGUGGGCCUGUCAGUUCCUGGAACCAUAACCGUGGAAAGAGGGGCGCGGCCUGUUGCAGCCCUAGGAAUUGUUUAAUUAAAAGCGGGUCUUGGAUAAGUGCUUGGUGGGAAGUGACUUCCACUAAAAUGCACCUUUUUUAAAUACCUGUUGUUUACAGAACCUGAGCCUCUACCUUGAACUUCAAACCUCACUUAACAAACUGUAGUAGUGAAUUUGUCCUUUACCUGCCUUACCUCCUAGUGGAGCACCUAGUGGACCGUUUUAUCUAGACGAGUCCACUACUAGUUUAAUCAACCAACACUCAAGUUUGCCUUGUAACCACGGUGACUGACACACAAACCAGCCAAGACUUACAUGAUGUAAUGAAGCUGUCCAGGACGAUGCCCCCAGGCUGCAUCCCAAAUGAUUCCCUGUAUGUAACCUUUAUUUAACUAGGCAAGUCAGUUAAGAACAAAUUCUUAUUUACAAUGACGGCCUACCCGGCCAAACCCUCCCCUAACCCGGAUGACGCUGGGCUCUAUAGUGCGCUUACGUUUCACCAGAGCCCUAUGGUGUGGCCUAUUGGCCUUGGUUAAAACUAGUGCGCUUUAUAGAGAAUAGGGUGCCAUUUGUGAUGCAGACAUACAUUCUACUACUAAUACUGUCACACUAAGUGUUUUUUUCCCCUUUAGCCAACCAAUCAUUCACCAUCUCUCAAUAGAACUUCAAAAAGUCCAAGCCGUUUUGUUUAUUUGCUUGCGCCCGAUGCUGUUACAAGUCUGUCUUUUUAUUUCCUAACUGUGAAAGGUAAACAUUAAGGGAACAUUUUAUAAUAACCCAACAAUCUCACUUCAACACUACUGUUCUAUUGAUCUCCAAUCCAUCGACAUUGGAAAUGUUGUACUGUCUGGAGAUGAUCGCCAUGGGCCAACUAAUAAUGCGCCAUUGUUGACAACUUUUAAGGAAAUGUUUUAUAAAGUAUCAGUGAAGAAGUAAAUCAGGAAGCUGAAGUCCUUCAAUAAAGACGUUGUCAGUUACUUCUAUGGUCCAUUUCUUCUAUUGUAUUACCCUCACGUGUGUAAUAAACACUAUUGCUGCGUUUGUCUAACGUUUUUAUCCAAAUAGAAAUUACCAUUUCAGAUUUGACAGCUUUUUUUUACAACACAUUUGCAUUUUAGGUCAGAGUUCCUGAACAGAACAAAUGAUAAGUUUUCCAGGAAAAAAUGUUUUAAAAUCAAUAUCUAAGCCUAACCUACACAUUAUGGAAAGGCAGGUUUUGUUAAAUAUUUACCAGUUAUGUAGAACCUAUAGUUCCCACACCCACCCAUCCAGAACUCCUCUAGUCUAGACAUACCCAUGACCGUACAUUGCUUUUAGUUUAGUCAUGAGUUUUGGUAGCAGUUGGAUAUUAUUUUUAUGAUCAUCUAUCAGGUGCCUCAAUGCCAUGUUCAUGCUCCCAUGUGUACUGAAGGGUUUUAUGUAGCUGUGUGUGAUCUUUUAGUAAAGCAUAGACAUCUUGUACCAGAUUUCAGAAUUGUCUAGUCUCUGUGCCUGUCAGGCUUUCAACCCAGAACUGGUACAAACUGGUCUGAAGACACAGCAGCAGAUUGGUUUGACAGGUCUGGCUCUACAGGUUUUACAACAUCAAAGCAAAUGUAAAAACACUAAACCAUGAUUAGUUAUUAAAUAACAUUCACCUUUUUUAUGCUUUGUCUUUAUGAUGCGUUUAGUAUUAUGGUACUUGGCAUGAAUUGUUUUCUAGUUGAAUUUGUCGGCUGGUUAAAGUAGUGCACAUAUACCAGGCAGUCAGACUGCCAGCAGUUGAUCAACACUGUCCAAUGGCCUUGGGCCCUGUGCACAUCCAAACACGACCAGGAACUGGAUUGAAGGAACAGUUCAGAGAACUAAAUGGAUCCGUACACGGUUUGCUACUCCUGAAGUGGAGUGUUUAUCAGUCAUAACAUUCCAGCCUGUAGUAGGGUCUUUAUCAACAAACCUCCAGGUUUUUAUCCACACUACACAGACAAGGGGCAUGACAUGGCUGCUGGACUAGUCCCAUGUGUUAGACCCCUCCCCCCCCCCCCCCCAGAUGGUCACGUGCCCCCCACGGCGGAAUGAUGUCAAGGUAUGUCAUCCUGAGCCCUGAGGUGAAUGGAAGGUAAGUACAGUAGACGGUAAACAAUGUUUUAAUUACUUUUAUAAAGAUUGAAUGUUAUUACUUCACACAUGAUUUGAUAUCUGUAAUUAAAUGACCCAGUAUGUAGGCUGUUGGUAAGACCGUGGUACAGGCCUACAUAGAUACCAUUACAGUACGAUACCUUUUUCCUUACAUAAACUCAAGUUUAGAUUAGUUGAUGUCCAUAGAGUUGAUAACCUGCCAAUAUGUGAUUCUCUGGAAGAAAAUACUAGACUGCUGUAAUACAAUAACUCACCCACAUCUAACAUGGUUACUCUGUAGGUUAUUACUGAUUUAGUAUGGUAUCUGUUGUAAUAAUAACACUAUCACCCACAUCUAACAUGGUUACUUUAUGUAGGUUAUGACUGAUUUAGUAUGGUAUCUGCUGAUCUGCUCCAUCCUUUUGUAUAUACAAUAUUUUUGCAUAUACUUUUCUGAAAAGCUCACCAAAGUGUGUCUGCAAUAUACAGGCAUCCUUUUUGUCUUUCUUGCAAGACUGACAUGACUGUUGCUUCUCUUUUUAGAUGCUGUGUCUGACAUCACGUCUGCCUCCAUGAAGCUCCUGGCCAGCUCUGAGAUCGCUGCUGCCUCGGUAGCCGAGAGGAGGCUCAUGCCCGCCGUCCAACACCUAGAAGACCGGACUGAAGAACCCUUGCUCGCUCCCGCUGAGGACAUUCUAGAAUCCCUGGAGGUUCCUAAAGCUAAGGUAGAGCAGGAAGUAGUAUCUGUGGAGGUGGAAGUGGCAGUAGAAGCAUCAGCUGCAGAAGCAGCUGUCGUGGAAACUGAAGAACCAGAAGAGGAGGCUGUUGUUGCUGCCCCUGAUGUCACGGAGGAAGUGGUUACUGAGGCGACCCCUGAGCCAGAGGAAGUAGUUCCGGUCGCCGUAGAGGAGGAGACGGCUGCACUUCCCCUAGAGGCCCCAGAGCUCCCUGCCGCUGUGGAAGUACCUGUGGCUGAGGCUUCUGCCGCUGUGGAAGUACCUGAGGCUUCUGCCGCUGUGGAAGUACCUGAGGCUUCUGCCGCUGUGGAAGUACCUGAGGCUUCUGCCGCUGUGGAAGUACCUGAGGCUUCUGCCGCUGUGGAAGUACCUGUGGCUGAGGCUUCUGCCGCUGUGGAAGUACCUGAGGCUUCUGCCAAGGAGGGACCAAUAGUAGAAGCACCAGCAGUAGAGGAAUUUUCCCCAGAAGAGGCUGCCCCAGUCGAAGAGUCAGCGCCAGUUGAGGCAGAGGUACCUGCAGCCGAAGAGGUAGCAGUAGUAGAGGAUGCUGCCCCAGUGGAGGAAGCCCCAGUAGCGGAGGAAGCCCCAGUAGCGGAGGAAGCCCCAGUAGCGGAGGAAGCCCCAGCAGCGGAGGAAGCCCCAGCAGCGGAGGAAGCCCCAGCAGCGGAGGAAGCCCCAGCAGCGGAGGAAGCCCCAGCAGCGGAGGAAGCCCCAGCAGCGGCAAAGGAGGCUGUGGAGACAGCCCAAGUGUCUGAGGAUGAGGGGCUCGUCGUGGAGGCGGCAAUGCUGGCAGCAGCCUCAGCCCUGGAUGUUGUGGAGGCAGAGGCAGCCCCGGCUGAGGAAGUCAAGGAGGCCCUCUUCACUUCAUGCCACCAAUGUGAAGCCCCAGCUUCUGAGGCUCCCCCAGUUGAGGCUGCUGUGGCAGUCACCCCCGUGGAGGUUGUAGAGGCUGCAUCUGUGGUGGAAUUAGAGGCUCCCCCUGCUGGUGUGGAGUCAGUUGGUGAGGCAGUGGAGGUGACCGCAGAGGAGCGUGCCACCGAUUGGCCUGUGGAGCUGACCGCAGAGGGAGUGGAGGAAGCCAAGGUGGAAGGAGAGACUGCCAGGCCAGUAAAGAGGUCCUGCUCAGUGAUGUAAUAGUACAGAAGGUGCACAGAGUAUGAGCCUGAUGUUGCUGACAGCCCAGUCCUGACUAGAGACUAGCGAUAUGUGCCUUCUGGAAUAGUCAACGCCCACAGCUGUCAAUCAAACAGGACGAUCAACAUAAAACACACACAGAAUUAGAACUGGUUUGAAUUUAAUUCUAUAAUUAUAAUAAACUAAUUAUAUUUAAAUGUUGUCUAAUGACAACAGUUGUCAACCUUGUAACUACAUUCCAGGUUCUCACUCAGUUUCUUGGUCUUGUAUUAUCCCUACAUUUAUAUUUACGUCAUUUAGCAGACACUUUUAUCCAGAGUGACUUACAAAUUGGUGCAUUCACCUUAUGAUAAUCCAGUGGAACAACCACUUUACAAUAGUACGUCUAUAUCUUUUUUUGGGGGGGUAGAAGGAUUUCUUUAUCUUAUCCCAGGUGAGGUGACACUUCUGUAAGGGUUUGAAGUCUGACUUUAUUCUUAGGUUCAGACCCAAAUGUCACCUUAUACCCUAUAUAGUGCACUACUUUUGACCAGGGCCGUAGGGGAAUUGGGUACUAUUUGGGACGGACAUCUAUUUCUCAGUACCACCCUGUUCCACAAGGUGCCACUGUUACCAAGCUGACGAAGACCACUUGAAUGUAUUUGAAGUUACUUGAUAAAUUAUCGUGUACUUGACAUAGCCUAAUGAAUUCUGACUGUAUUUUUUUUGAUUGAAUGAAAUAAGAUCUGAAUUGGUGUAUUAAACAGUAGGCUAUUAGACAAUGUCUAGAUGAUUGUGUUCUUCAAAGACUGUUGGGUUAGUUCUGCAUGGAGUUUUUUUUAUUCUAUCAGGGAAUAUCUAGAUUAAGUUUAGUUCCCAAGCCAGUAAACUGUUGGUAGACAGUAUUGUACCUAUGUGAUG